UGGCUCCUUCUUUCUUACUCCCAUCUUAGUUUGCACAGGGACUGAUAUGAAGGUACUGCAUCCCUCCAGCCCAGAAAACCACUAUGCCACCCUCAGUCGCCUCUACCAGGACUGCCAGGUGGUGCAAGGCAACCUGGAGAUUACCUACUUGGGAGCAGAUGCUGACAUGUCUUUCCUCAAGGACAUUACAGAGGUCCAAGGCUACGUGCUGAUUGCGCAGAACCAAGUGAGCCACCUGCAUCUGGAGAACCUGCGGAUCAUCCGGGGCACCCAGCUCUAUGAAGACAAAUACGCACUGGCUGUCCUUUUCAACACCAGUCCCAAUGAGACAGCGGGACUGAUGGAGCUGGGCAUGAGGCAUCUGACUGAGAUCCUGAAGGGCGGGGUGAUCAUUCAGGGGAACCCUCAGCUGUGCUUCCAGGAGACCAUCCUGUGGAAUGACAUCUUCCAUAAGUCAAACGACUUCCGCCAGAACCAGAUAAUUGACAGCCAGCGGAACAGGACAUGCGCUGACUGCCAGAGCUUCUGCCCUGGAGAGCACUGCUGGGGAGCCAGCACUCAAGACUGCCAGACACUGACCAACACUAUUUGCCAUGGGUGUCCCAGGUGCAAGGGCAACAAGCCAACAGACUGCUGUCAUGAGCAGUGUGCAGCAGGCUGCACCGGGCCCAGGCACUCGGACUGCCUGGCCUGCUUGAACUUCAAUGGGAGUGACACCUGCCAGCUUCAUUGUCCCCCACUUGUCAUCUACAACUCAGACACCUUUGAAUCGGUGAAUAACCCAGAUGCACGUUACACCUUUGGAGCCAGCUGUGUCAAAAAGUGCCCCUAUAACUACCUUGCAACUGAAGUUGGCUCCUGCACGCUGGUGUGUCCCCAGAACAGCCAUGAGGUGACUGUGGACAAUGUGCAGAAGUGUGAGAAGUGCAGCAAGCCCUGCCCAGAAGCCUGCUAUGGGCUGGGUGUGGACUUCCUGAAGGGUGUCCGGGCAGUCAACUCCUCCAACAUCCACCACUUCACCGGUUGUACCAAGAUCUUUGGGAGCCUGGCCUUCCUGCCUGAGACCUUCGCAGGGGAUCCCAGCACCAAGACGGCACCCCUGGAUCCAGAGCAGCUGAAGAUCUUUGAGAACCUGGAGGAGCUGACAGGCUUCCUAUACAUCGAGUCCUGGCCAGAGACCCUGCCAGACCUGAGUGUCUUCCAGAACCUCCGGGUCAUCCGUGGACGGGUGCUCCACAAUGGUGCCUACUCCCUGAUGCUGCAGAACCUCUCCAUCGUCUCACUGGGCCUGCGCUCCCUGCAGGAGAUCAGCGGUGGGAUGGUGCUGGUUCACCAGAACCCCAACCUCUGCUUCCUCCAGAAGGUGCCUUGGAAAGCCAUCUUCAGGAACCCGCGCCAGGACCUUUUCCAGACCCACAACAAGCCCACAGAUCAGUGUGAGAAAGAGGGGUUGGUGUGCUACUACCUCUGUGCCCAGGGGCUCUGCUGGGGCCCGGGGCCAACGCAGUGCAUCAGCUGUGAGCGGUUUCUGCGUGGGCAGGAGUGUGUGGAGUCCUGCAACAUCCUGGAUGGGGCUGUCCGGGAACAUGCCAACGGGACCCGUUGCCUACCCUGUCACCCUGAGUGUCUACCCCAGAAUGGCACAGAAACUUGCCAUGGAUCGGAGGCAAACGAGUGUGUGGCCUGCGCCCAUUACAAAGAUGACCAGUACUGCGUGGAUAAGUGCCCAAGUGGGGUGAAAGCUGAUUCCUUUGUGCCUAUCUGGAAAUACCCAGACAAAGAUGGCAUCUGCCAGCUGUGCCAAACCAACUGCACCCACUUGUGCACAAUCCGGGACGAGGAUGGUUGCCCUGUGGAUCAGAAGCCAAGCCAGGUGACAUCCAUCAUUGCCAGCGUGGUUGGUGCCCUCCUGGCUUUGGUGCUUGUCCUCCUCACCAUAGUGUGCAUCAAGAGAAAGAGGCAGCAGGAGAGGAAGCACACGAUGCGGCGCCUCCUGCAGGAGACCGAGCUGGUGGAACCACUGACCCCCAGCGGGGCUCUUCCCAACCAGGCCCAGAUGCGGAUCCUCAAGGAGACUGAGCUCAAAAAAGUGAAAGUUUUGGGCUCUGGAGCCUUUGGCACUGUCUACAAGGGCAUCUGGAUCCCAGAUGGCGAGAGCAUCAAGAUCCCUGUGGCCAUCAAGGUCUUGAGAGAGAACACAUCGCCCAAGGCCAACAAGGAGAUCCUAGAUGAGGCCUAUGUGAUGGCAGGUGUAGGCAGCCCCUAUGUCUCCCGCCUGUUGGGCAUCUGCCUCACCUCCACAGUGCAGCUGGUCACCCAGCUCAUGCCUUAUGGCUGCCUCCUGGACUAUGUGCGUGAGAAUAAAGACCGCAUUGGCUCCCAAGACCUGCUCAACUGGUGUGUGCAGAUAGCAAAGGGCAUGAGCUACCUGGAGGAUGUGCGGCUGGUGCACCGUGACCUGGCUGCUCGCAAUGUCCUGGUGAAAAGCCCCAAUCACGUGAAAAUCACAGACUUUGGCCUGGCCCGGCUGCUGGACAUCGAUGAGACAGAGUACCAUGCGGAUGGGGGCAAGGUCCCCAUCAAGUGGAUGGCUCUGGAGUCCAUCCUACGCCGGAAGUUCACACACCAGAGUGAUGUCUGGAGCUAUGGCGUGACGGUUUGGGAGCUGAUGACCUUUGGUGCCAAGCCAUAUGAUGGAAUCCCUGCUCGUGAGAUCCCCGACCUCCUGGAGAAGGGGGAGAGGCUGCCACAGCCUCCCAUCUGCACCAUCGAUGUCUAUAUGAUCAUGGUGAAAUGCUGGAUGAUUGACUCUGAGUGUCGCCCCAAGUUCCGGGAGCUGGUCUCAGAGUUCUCUCGCAUGGCACGAGACCCGCCACGCUUUGUGGUCAUCCAGAACGAAGACAAGAUGGGACUGGCUAGUCCCAUAGCCAGCACCUUCUACCGCACCCUCCUGGAAGAGGAGGACAUGCAGGAUUUGGUGGACGCUGAGGAGUACCUGGUGCCUCACCAGGGCUUCUUCAAUGGGGAGACCUCAACCAACUACCGCAGCAGGAUCUCUUCCACCAGGAGCACCGCAGAGACCCAGGUGGACGCAGAGGAGACUGAGGAACCAUGUCCAUACCCCUACCCAGGCCAGGCUCUCCCUGAGCAGUCAGAAGGGCCUGCUCCUGAUUCGAUGGAUGGGGACUAUGCCUCAAACAAAGCCCUGCAGAGCCUGCCUGCACGAGAGAUGAGCACCCUCCAGCGGUACAGUGAGGAUCCCACCGGCAUUUCAAGUGAUGAAAACAAGGGGUUGGAAGCCGACAGCUACGUUACGCCGACUUCCCACAGUGUGGCUCCAGAAUAUGUGAACCAGAUGGAGAAAUGCCUCUCACCUACCAAACACCCAAGGUCCCAGGUAUCCACACUGGAGAAGCCAAAGGGCCAUUUGGGAAAGAAUGGGCUGAUCAAGGAACCAAAGAACCCCUUCCAGGGCAGCUUUGCCAACGCAGUGGAGAACCCAGAGUACCUAGCCCCCCACAGCCUCCCCUUGGCCCCUGCAUUCACACAGGCCUUUGACAACCCUUACUACUGGAACCAGGACCCUUCCAAAGCCAACCUUACUGAGCUGAGCUCCGCAAUGAACAGCUUUGCCCCAACACCAACGGCUGAGAACCCUGAGUACCUUGGCCUCACCGAGCCCAUCACACGGCCCAAGGACACAUUGGCUUAAUGGCCACAGCUGGUUAAUAGUCAGCAGAAAAAGCUCUUGUAGCCAACGUAUCAUUGUAUGAACAGUUCCGGCUGAUCUAUACACAGGACUCCAGCGAUGAAUGCACCCAUGAAGAACAGCACCAUGGCCCCUUAACUAAUCACCCAAAAGUACCUCUUAAGUCUCCUUAAAAUGAGAUGUGGCUGGAGAUGAACUGGAAGGACCUGAAAGGGCUGUUGAUUCAUCUCUAACACAACAAGCACCUGGCGGCAGGCUCAGUGCUACUUGCAACAAGUCUGCUUUCACUUUUUUAUGCAACCAGAGUCCUUUUGGCAGAUACCUUAACGUUUUGGACAAGGUGGGGCCAUAUCCCCAUCCCCCCUUCUCCAUGCAGGAAUGCGCCAGACUGCUUCAUUUUCAUGGGCAACUUAGCUUGGAAAUACCCACAGCCAAGACAACAGUGGGGUUUGAAACACAAGGGUCUCAAUCAGAGCAAUCCUGAUUGGACAAAAUGCAAUGUGGAACCCUAUAGGAACAGCAACCCACUUGCCUCUUCUCAAGAGGAAAGGAAAGGGAGGGAAAACGUCCUUUAACUCACCUUGGGCACCAAUAAGGUCGAUGGUUACUCUUGCGGUCUGAACAGUAGUUCAUGUUUUGUUUUGGUUUUACACACCUAUGGAAAAAGCUUUAAGGGACUUGGUAUAGAAAGAAUGGGUGAGGGCAAGCUGAAACAAGGAGCACCUCUUCCCUGCCCCUCAACACCUCAGAACCCCAGCCUACAGAACUAGGGUCAAGCGUGCCCUGUGUACUCUAGCUUGGAGCAUUUUCUCUCUCUCAUCAAACCAUCAAGAACAGCUAAGGAGGUGUUCGCAGUCUAAACCACUACUCCUACAGGUUCCUACCAGGGACAGCACUGCUCAGCUAUCAAAUUCAGCACCCAUUCUGGAGAACAGGGUGGAAGUCAGAGGUAGCCAUGCUCUCUUGUUGUGGGGAAAACCUUAUCAAUGACCCAUGCAGCUGGGAAGCCUUCUUCCGUGAAAACUUUAUAAAAUGGGGGAGGAGUUGGGCAUGGGUGUUGGUUUGCUCUGAUUCUCGCAUUGAGAGUGCAACAUUAAACUUGUCGCACUUGCCUUGACUUUCCAUUAAGCCAAUGGACUAAAAGCCAGGAAGGCCUCUAGCUUUUCCUGCAGUGGCACUGUUUCCACAUGAAUGUGAUGGUUUCCUUCACUACUGUACCUGCAGUAUUUAUUUUUUUAAAUCAUCUGUCCCCAAUUUCCCCUCCAGAUUUUUCAUGAGGACUACAGAUCACAUAAAUGCAAAAUUAAUCCAUCUGCUCCCCGAAACUGGUCUGUCUCCUGACCCAACAAAAACCCUUUCCCAUUAGAAAGCCAUUCUGUCUGCAUAUGACAACCACUCAGAUCUUCCACACGGUUGCCACUAAAUUCAGACCUUUGCUAACUUGCAUGUCUGGGUAAGAUUUUCUCCUACAGAAGGUCAGGUGGAACUUGGGUUAAAACAGAGUUGUCUAACCUGCAGCCCAAGAGGGGUUAAUUUACCAUCCGCAGGCUCCCACUUCCAAACUCCAGCGGAGUCUGCUGGCUCCCCAAUCUUCUGCCUGCUCAGAAAUUGGACUGCCUUCUGUUAACAUAUCCCCUAUGUCUGUUUUGAACAAAUGUUAGUAUUGUACAUUUUAGGUGACUGCUGGAUUAUUUUAAAUCAAUUGUAUCAAAACUAUUUGUAUAUUUGAGAAUUGUACAUUGUUUUUCUACUCUA